GUUUCCACGGUCAAAAUCGGUCACACAAAUAUUUCGUCGAGAGCAAAUUAUCUCAGCGAUGUACAUACAAUGAAGAAAUUUCGAUCGUUACGAACAAUCUGUUACCUUCUCGAAAUCGGUUUCGGUAGUAGAUUUCCGCAUCAACGCAACUCCUCAUCAACCUCCGAAUGUAUGAUCCCCCAUUCUUUUCUUGGUUGCACUAAAGGUACUACGUCGAGCUCCUCACGUCCUACUCAGCUUCUUGAUCAUCAUGAUGUAAAGAAAGUUGAAGAUGCCGUAACUCGACCACUGAGUAGUUGA